AUGGAAGAGGAUCGACAUCGCCAGGAUUAUCCUCAGCACCGGCCAGAGGAUACUAAACACCAACCACCUGCUCCUUACUACCACCACCUCCCUCCCCGGGACGCACCUCAUUCAGAAUCAGAAGGCAGCCCUCACUCCCGACCCAACAUGGCAACCUCUGUCACCUUGCCGUCCAUCCAUGAUCCCCGGCCCAGUGCCUAUGGUCCUCCACCUUCGGCUGGCCGUGGCUACAUGACCGAUCCGCGUUAUGCGUCUCCGAAUGCAGUCAAUGGCUAUCCUCCGCCUCCUGGGAGCCAGCAGCCGGGCCCCGGAUACCUCCCCCCUCUACAGCCGCAGGCAGAUCCGCGAUCAGUAUAUCCUCCGCCCGAACCGCGAGGCCCAUACUACGAUGACCGCCGACCUCCCCCGCCUCCGGGCUACCACGAACAGUACUCAGAAUACUACUACCGCGGUCACCACAACGGCUAUCCCCACGACUACCCUCGGCCCCCUCCAGGCUAUGGACAGGAAUAUGGCCAACCCGGCAUGGAACGUCCGAGAGAGGCUCCUAGACAGCGGACGUCGAUUGCCUGCAGAUACUGCCGAAAGCGAAAGAUUCGCUGCAGUGGUCAUCAAAACGCUCCUGGCGGAAAAUGCCAAAACUGCGCUCGCAUGAACCAAGAAUGCAUUUUCCAGCCAGUCUCAUCCUCGAGUUCAACAGCCUUCAUUCCCGUCUCGGCCGUUCCGGGAGGCGUACCGCCUGGGACACAGUUGUUUGGUGCAUACGGCCAACCCCUGGCUCCAAGCACCGUCCCUCACCCGCAUCAUCCUCCCCACCCGCCGCACCCUUAUGGCCCGGCAUCAGGCCCGCCGCCUCCGCCACCUGCCAGCUACUAUCACAUGCAGGCACACUCUCCCACAGAUUCAUAUUCAUCUUAUGGAGAUCCCCGGGGCGAUGACCGUACAACAGGGCGAAGACGCCGGAGGACGCCAGAAGACCAAGAUGAAGGAUACAGGCUACCCCCUCCCCGAGCGGGCGUGGCAGAAGACGACCACCGACGAAGAUCGCCCGCCGAACUCUCCAACAAUAGCAGCCCUGGAAGUUUGAGCUACUCGCAUUAUCCGGGCCCGGCGAGGCACAGCCCCCGUAACCCAGCAAGACCCCCUCCCAGCGCUGCGACCAACACUGGUGGGCGUUCUCCUGUUACCCAGCAAAAUGGUUCCAGCGGCUCUUCGACGCCCGCACGUUCAGGGGCCUCAGCCGGCCAAUCGCAACAAUCGACCUCCGUCAUGAGCCUUAGCAACCUCGUGGAGAAGAACGACAUAGACAAGACAAUGAUUGAUCGUCUUAACCGAUCUCGAGAUGCUAGCGGCAGUCAGUGA